AUGAAAAGAACUACGAAUUGUGUGCCUUAACAAGUUCCAUAAUGUAUUUCCAUGGAAUUUCCGUCAUUAAUAGAACCCAAUUGCUUUUCAGCCACAGCCUAUACCUAUACCUGGGAUUCUGCUAAUUCUAAAUGCUUAAAAUGCGGAUCAACUUUUACAAACAAUUCUAAUAAUCAUACUAACAAUUCUGACAACUAAACUAAUUAAACCGAUGUAAGCGACAAAUCGCUUACAUUAUUUACAUCCAUCAUAAUGAUUAUUAGUAUAUAUAUAUGA